CUGGUGAAACUGUGAGACACUGACCGACUACAGGGCAAGCAGAGUGAGCUUCUGGCAGGACAUCAAGAGACACCUGUAGUGAUAAAGUUGUGAGAAUAAGGUGGGAAUAUCAUGUGUGUAUCUCGGCUGGUUUUGCUGCUCGGGCUGCUUCUAUGUGUGGGGGCUCAGCUGUCCAGCGCCCAGCACUGGUCCCAUGGUUGGUACCCCGGAGGCAAGAGGGAGCUGGACUCUUUUGGCACGUCAGAGAUUUCAGAGGAGAUUAAGCUGUGUGAGGCAGGAGAAUGCAGCUACUUGAGACCCCAGAGGAGAAGUAUACUGAGAAACAUUAUUCUGGAAGCCUUGGCCAGAGAGCUCCAGAAGAGAAAGUGACAGCUUUCCACCCUACACUGCUUUUCUACCCUCCUCUUCAGUGCCCUUGUCUUCAUGUGAAACAACUUUAUGUUGAUCCUCUGAUCUCGUCCAUUUGUUUUAUUUGUCAGUAAAGUUGUUUUCCAGCCUUACAUGGAUUUGUCCUGUAGCAAACAGAUGUUGAUUGUUGAUUGUAAUGACAUAAUAAAGUAUCUAUUUUGAUAUUA